CACAAGUGGUAUAAGCUCAGAGAUAGUUUCAACAGAAAUGCCACCGAGGCGGAAAAGAAAGACCACCACAAAAGAAGAAACAAAGCUCAAGAAACAGAGAGAAGACUGUGUAACAAGUAUCAAAUCUCAAAGUUUAACUGAAGACUUAGGAAAACCCUUUUCUUUGAGGCGAUGUAGAGCAUGGUUUGAACAUUAUGCAGGUGAAGAUGAACCAGACACAAUUGGACCUGAGGGAGUUGAAAAGCUUUGUAAGGACCUUGGUGUGAAACCAGAGGAUACCGUAAUGCUUGUUAUAGCAUGGAAACUUCAGGCAGCAACAAUGGGAUUUUUUACUUUUCAUGAAUGGAGCAAAGGAAUGCUCUCAAUAGAAUGUGAUUCUACAGCUAAACUUAAAGCUCAAUUAAAUGGCCUUAAGUCAUUAACAAGGGACAGUGCAACUUUUAAAAAGAUUUACCGCUAUGCAUUUGACUUUUGUAGGAAUCAAGACCAGCGCACAUUAGACUUAGAUACUGCUGUUACAAUGAUUCAACUUUUGCUCCAUGAUUCAUGGUCGUUGCUAGAUGAUUUCUUACAAUUUUUGCAGAAUUCAAAAUAUAAAGUUUUAAACAGAGACCAAUGGUGUAAUGUGUUGGAAUUUAGUCGAUCAAUACUUCCUGAUUUGUCAAAUUAUGAUGAAGAUGGUGCCUGGCCAGUUCUUAUGGAUGAAUUUGUGGAGUGGUAUCAUCACAAAUACCCUCCUCAAUCGUCUUCAGCCUGAAAUUGUCCAUUUUACAAGAAACAAUUAAUACAACUGGAAAAAACACGGCAAUUUAUUUAAACUCACAAAAAGUGGAAUGCUGUUGGUUAAAGACAGAGUUUCAUAAAAGGGCCUGCUGCUGCAAUGCUUGGCAGAUAAUGACUUGAUGUGUCUGCUUGGCUCAUGAAAAGAAGGAGAAGGGAAAAGAAAAGAACACCAAGAAUAUUAAAAACAAAGUGUUGAUCCAGUUUGUGUUUUCUACAAUAGCAAAGAAAACUGAAAAUGAAUAUAAUUUGAUAGGAAUCAUUAAAUCAAUUGGUUUGAUGGCAACUAUGGCUUGUUUGAGUUCACAUACCAACAUUUUGCAAUGCCAGCAAAUUGAAGGACUCCAUUGCUGCUAAAGUUCUAGAUACAAGAUAAAGUUUCGUUUACAAUGACAUGAAGCUCUGCCUUCAGAGCUUUAUAUUUCAGAGAGCACCUUUCAACUCUUGGAGUAUUUGCUUCCCAAUUAUUAAAUAUCAUUUAUUUUUCCAUUCAAUUUUUUGCAAUCAGUUGAGACAAUUUAACAUAAAAUCACAUCAAUAUUAGCAAGUUUGGCUUUGAAAUGCCUAUUUUUUAAACCUGACCACCUGAUGAGGAAGUAAGCAGUGGAACGAGAGAUUUAUAUGAUUGGCAUGGGCAGUGAAUGACAAGACAAUUUUCAUUUUUGAAGACUAAAAGCCCUUGUCUAAGUGAGGCUAACAAGUGUUAGUAACACUUAACUUGUUGGUUCUUAAUAUCAGGUCAGUUAAACAAGUCAACCUUACUGUUUAUUGGGAAGUCCCAAGUGUAUAAGUUGUUUGGUGUUUUUUGUUGCCUAGAACAAAAGUUUAUAAUUAAAGACCAGUUUCUAGACCUGUGUGUGUUGAAGUUCUUCUAGUGGUUUGUCUCCUCUUUAGGAAAACUGUUGCGCAAGCAGUGCACGGCUAAAAAUAAUAGAGAUCUGGGCACUGAAAUUCCAAUUAUAAACGAAAGCUUCCAAUCCCUAGGUUGCGGGAUAGUUGGGCUCCAGAAAAAGUGAUAGCUUCAAGGAACAAAUAACAGUGACUUUUCUCUCAAAGUCGUGGCUUUGGUACGUGAGGAAUAUUUUGUUUGUUUCCGUUUGGAAGCGGAAAGAUGGUGUUAUUUCAACCAGCUUAGAUCACUCAUAAUCUGUAAAUUAAUGAGGCACCUUUAUUACGUUAUUGACAAUUAAAAAUCUUGGAUAAACAUCAUCCUUUAUGCGCUAACUGAAAAAGACCCAACCUUGCUAAAGGACACAUCCGACUUGCACCUUGAGAUUGAUACCUGGAAUAGUGAACUAAAAAAUCGUGGUGAACUCGAUAAUUACUUUCAUAGAGGAAAAACUGACGGCGCUAAACGAUACAAGUAGACUUUUACAAGUUUGCUAUAAUACAA